AUGUCUGUCAACGAGAAGAGAGAGGAGAACAUUGCGGUUACCCCCGCUCCUGCUGCCGGACUCGCUGCCAUUGCUAACAGCGGUCCUAUCUCGAUCAUGUCUUACUGUGGUGCGUCGAUCCUCAUGACUGUCACCAACAAGUAUGUUGUUUCUGGUGCUGACUUCAACAUGAUUUUCUUGUUGUUGGCUGUCCAGUCUGCAGUGUGUAUCGCUCUGAUUUCUACGCUCAAACAUUUCGGUGUCAUCACUUACCGUGAAUUCAACAAGAACGAGGCCAAGAAGUGGUCGCCAAUUGUUUUCAUGCUUGUUGGUAUGAUCUACACCUCGUCAAAGGCUCUUCAACACCUUUCCAUUCCAGUUUACACCAUCUUCAAGAACUUGACCAUUAUUCUGAUUGCUUACGGUGAAGUGCUUUGGUUUGGUGGUGAGGUUACCCCUAUGGCCCUUGGUUCUUUUAUCCUGAUGGUGUUUUCCUCGGUGAUUGCCUGUUACGGAGACACUAAGCCAUCUCCUGAUGGAGCUGUUUCCAACUUCUCAAUUGGUUACUUCUGGAUGUUCACCAACUGCUUUUCCUCGGCCGGCUUCGUUCUCUUCAUGAGAAAGCGCAUUAAGCUCACCAACUUCAAGGACUUUGACACCAUGUACUACAACAACCUGUUGUCUAUCCCUAUCCUGCUUGGAGCUUCCUUUUUGCUGGAGGGCUGGUCCUCUGCCAACUUGGAGCUCAACUUCCCAGCCGGCUCCAGAACUGCGGUUAUCUCCGCAAUGGUGUUCUCGGGAAUGUCCUCCGUGGGUAUCUCUUACACUUCGGCUUGGUGUAUCAGAGUCACCUCUUCCACUACCUACUCGAUGGUGGGUGCUUUGAACAAGCUGCCAAUUGCGCUCUCUGGUCUGGUAUUUUUCAAUGCGGCGAUUAACUUCUUCUCGAUCUCGUCGAUCUUUGUCGGCUUCAUUGCCGGUCUGGUCUAUGCCCUCGCCAAGCAGAAGGCUCAAGCCGCCAAGGCCCAAUCCCUGCCAACUGCUGGUAAGUCAUGA